AUGAUGAAAGCUGAGGGCCCCGAAGAGCACCCAGACGAGGCCUUUCGCGAGGCCUGGGUGUCUUCUUUGUACGAGGCUCAGUCUUCGAUCUGCAGCGCGGUGGAGGAGCUGGAGGCGAGUUUCGCGGCCGAACAGCAGCAGCAGCAGCAGCAGCAGCAGCAGCAGCAGGAUGAGGGCGCGGCGCCCCGCGUCUGCGCGAAGAAGUUUGAAAACACCCGCUGGGAGAGGGGCCCCGGCCAGGGCGGAGGGCUCACGAGGGUUUUCCAAGAAGGCGCAGUCUUUUGCAAAGCUGCAGUGAACGUCAGCGCAGUCUACGGCUCUUUGCCUCUGUCUGCAGCUUUGGCCAUGUGCCCGGGGGCCCGGGAGAAGCUGGAGGAGGCUUUGAGGGCCCCGCGCCGCUCCUCGGGGCCCCCGGGGGGCCCCCCGGGGGCCCCGCCCGCGCCCGUUGGGGCCCCCCCGGGGGCCCCCCAGGCCGCGGCGAGCGGGGGGCCCCCGCGGUGA